UCUUAAGUUUAAUUAUUUUUUCUCUUUUGUCAAUUUUCCAGCUGAAAGCUAUGAUCUUUUGCCUGUUGAAAUUAGUUGAAAUCAUGCCAAAAAUUAACAUGACCAUGCCACCUUACAUUAGUUUUGAGUUGAGAUAGCCAACUUGGGGCCCCUGGCUCACAAUUACCUGAUUGGGUACUCACAACAUCAAGAAUAUAUAAAUGUUGCAGGUGCAUCAGUGAGCUGCAGAAGAACUGCCAGUGCAGAUCGUGCAAUUGGUGAUCUGAGCCAGCUACUCUGCACAUUCAAAGCCUGACUGAGGACAGAUACAGGGAGUGAGGUCACAGUUGGACACAGGACUGUGGUCCGUCUGAGGGGGCAACAGUCCAUCUGAGAGGGCAGGACUCUCUCUGAGGCGACUGCCAGCCGCCAUGGGCCGGAGGAAGACCCGCGGCCGCCGGCCGGCCGCCGCCGCCUCUGCCGCAGCCGGCUCGGAUGACGAGCUGGUGCGCUCCGAGCUGGACGAGGACGAGAUGCGCGACGAACUGGACGAGUUUGAGCUGCGCCGCGAGCGCGCGCUGCUGGCGGACGGCGGCGGCGCGUCCGGCCGGCCCGCCGCCGCCGCCGCCGUGCGAUCCAAACACACCGAGGUGCUGGCCUUUGACGACGACGACUCAGCGAGCGACGACGAGUACGGACAGCUUCCAGACGGCGACGCGGCGGAGGAGGUGGACGGCGCCGAGCUGUCGGGCGGCUGGGGUAAGCGCAAGGCGUCCUACUACAGCACGGACCAGGUGGACGAGGACUGGCGCGGCGCCACGCGCGAGGAGACGCUGGAGGCGGCCGAGCUGGAGGAGCGCGAGGCGCGCGCCAUCCAGCGCCGGCUGGCAGAGCAGCUGGAGCACGACCAGCUCGAGUUCGGCACGGCCGCCGUCACACCGACGGCCGGUGACGCGGCGCCGUCGGCCGGCGCGCUCUCGGUACCGCUCGACACCAGCGGCCUGUCGCGCGCAGAGCGUCUGCAGCUGCUGCGCCGCCGGUGUCCCGAGCUGCUGCCGCUGCUGGACGAGUUCUCCCGCCGCGCCGGCGAGCUGGCCGCCGCGCUGGAGCCGGCGCGCGGCGCCGUGACGCGCGGCCAGGCGGCCGGCCCGGGCGCCGCGUACGUGACGGUGCGCCGCCGGCUGCUGCUGCUCUACUGCCUCAACAUCAGCCACUACGUGACGCUGCGCGCCGGCCGCGGCGACACGGACAGCCACCCGGUUAUGCGCCGGAUCGCCCAGUGCGGCCGACUGCUGGAGGCGCUGGCGCCCGCCGACCGCGCCAUGGCGCCGCACCUGGAGCGACUGCGCCGACUGCUGGCCGACGGCGUCCCGCUGCGCACCGUGGCGGCGCCGGACGCAGCCCCCGCCGCCGCCGCCGCCCCCGCCCCGGCCGGGCGGCGACUGAAGGCGGCGCGGCGGCGCGCGGCGCCCGCCCCGACCGGCGCCCAGUCGGAGGUGGACCGCCAGCUGGCCUCGCUCACCAUGGAGAUCGAGGGCCUCGAGCGGCAGAAACACCGACUGGCCGCCGAAAAGAAGGAGGCGGGUCCGACGUUCACGGAGCGGCGCCGCGCCGGCCAGGAGCGUCACAACCCGCUGACGCCGUUCAGACGGAAGGAGCGACCCGCAGAGGGCCGGGCGGGCGGCGGCGGCCCGGCGGCGGCGGCCGACCCCGGCCCCGCAGACCCGGCCGACGCCGAACACGACCCCGACCAGAAGCGCAGCAUCACCUACCAGAUGGCCAAGAACAAGGGGCUGAUGCCCAAACGCAGCCGCGAGAGCCGCAACCCGCGCGUCAAACACAAGGAAAAGUUCAAACGGGCGCUCAAGAAGCGCCGCAGUCUGGUGCGUCUGCCCAAGAAGGAGCUCCAGAAGUAUGGCGGAGAGGUGUUCGGCAUCCGCAUGGGCGCCGUCAAGAGCGUCUCCAUUAAAUAGUGACAGAAGGCGGCGUCAGUCGGCGCAGCGACCGCAGGCGCUCCGUCCGGACUGCCGCCGUGUGCGGUCCGCGGUCCGUGUCAGGACCGUGUGGUCCGGGGUCUGUGGUCCGGACUGUCUGGGACGUGUGGUCGGUGUCCUGUGGUUCGGGUCUGUCUGGGCCGUGUGGUCCAUGUCAUGUGGUCCGGACAGUGUGGUCCGCGGUCUGUCUGGGCCGUUUGGUCCGUGUCAUGUGGUCCGCGGGCCGUGUUGUGUGGUCCGGGGCACGGACCGUGUGGUCCGGGGUCCGCGAUGGGCGUCUCCUUGUUCAGUACAGCGUGGCGUUGGGAACAGAAAUACACGGGUGCCU